UCUUCAGAUUUUAGGCCUAUAUAAACCCCCUCAGGCCUCUGCUAUUUGCUCAUACCACAACAUUCAUCGUAUUAUCAGCUCUCAGUAUAUAUUUCAGUAUGGCACUGCAAACUCUUCUCGCUUUUUCAUUUGCUGCCCUUCUAUUGGUUGGUGGUGAGGCCGCAAAAUUCACAAUCGUAAACAACUGCCCGAACACAAUCUGGCCAGCUGCCCUAACCGGAACUGGAUCACAGCCAUCAACCACAGGCUUCGAACUCGCUUCCAAAGCCUCAAAGCCCAUCGACAUUCCAGCUCCCUGGUCCGGAAGAAUCUGGGCCCGAACAUUCUGCGCCGCCACUUGCCUAACAGGAGAGUGCGGCAAGGGCACCGGCCCAUGCAGUGGUGCUGGGGGCGCUCCGCCAGUAACCCUAGUCGAAUUCACAUUAAACGGAGACGGUGGAAAAGAUUUCUACGACGUUAGCAACGUUGAUGGCUUCAACUUGCCUGUUAGUAUAACACCAGAGAACUCACCAUGCGCAACCACAAGCUGCGCCGCGAAUAUAAACGAGGGGUGUCCGGCAGGGCAGGAGGUGAAGGGUCCAGACGGCGCAACCGUCGGCUGCAAGAGCGCCUGCGCCGUGACUAACAAGCCUGAAGAUUGCUGCACCGGUGAGUUUAACAAUGCGGAGAAAUGCAAACCAUCAGCUUCUUCCAAGUACUUCAAAGGGAAGUGUCCACAGGCUUAUAGUUAUGCUUAUGAUGACAAGAGCAGCACCUUCACUUGCCCUACUGGACCUAACUACAAAAUCACAUUCUGUCCUUGAACGGUCAAUAUAAAUUGACAUGUUAUGUUAUGAUGUAUUUCUUACAUACUGAAUAAGUUUCUCCCACUUUCGAGGGGCUACAAUAAGGGAGAAAUAGUAUUGAAUAAUAAAUAAAAACAUUGUAUCGGUGUUGUGUCGUUUC